AUGAUUCUCGAUAAUGUUUUUCCUGUUAGCAGCGGUGUGCCGUCGUUGGGGCUGCAGGUUGGCGGGGCCCCACUGGAGGAAGUUUUGACCGCCGUCGUCCGACUCCUGCGAUCGCAACAGCAGGAACUCGAGGGACUCCGCAGGGAAUUGGGAGAGAGAAUUAGUAAUAACGAAGUUAAACUGCAAAAACAUGAUGAGGAUAUUAAAAGUCUGUCGGAUGAUUUGAAAUUACAGGCACGUCCCAUCCAUUUCUACAAUCAACCGCCUAUACACACUAUGGCGGAGGCCGUUACAAAUAUGGAGUCUCGUUUGGCUCGUGUAGAGAAAAAGGAAAAGAAGGAUAUGGCUGUACAUUUAGGUGAAACCAAUAAUAAAAAAUUAGCGAUUUUAUACUAUAAUCAAUGGUUGGUUUUUAGAAAGAUGCGAACGAGUGGUAAAUUUUUGCUAGUAGAAACAAAGAAAAAUAUUUGGCAACGAUACAUGAGAAAGUGGAAUCGAUUUCUCGCUUUUCAGGCAAAGCGACGGGCCCAGCAGCGACAUCUCACAAGAUUAUUAUUAAUGCAUGAGAAUCGUUUGUUGAUGACAUAUUGGUAUAAAUGGACUGAACAAAUAAAAACAAAAGAAUAUCAUCGUGUGCAAAGAAGAAUGUCAGCGUAUGAUAGUGCGGACUUGGUACUUCGUUUAACCUCUCGUAGUAUAGCCAGACGUGCAUUUAAUGAUUGGAUGAAAUUUACAGAAUCUUCCAUGGAAUCUAGAAACUCUAUAAAACGGGCUUUACUACUUGAACAGAAAACAGCUCGAUUGUUAGCAGAAGGAUAUCUACAAAAAUGGUUUGAUGCACAUCGAAUGCGCAGAAUUUUUCUUAUGCGUUUGAAGGUAUUGGAAGUUAUGCGAACAAAAAUAUAUCGUGAUUUUACGCAUUCUUAUCUGAAACGUUGGUUUUCUUUUACUGAAAAACGACGUCAUCGGCGUCGUAUUUACUCCCUUAUUCCAUACUAUCAUCAUGGCAAUCUCACUGCCUUGGCGCGUCGUUAUUUCUCUCGUCUCUACACCUUCCGUUUACUGCGUAGAGAAACACGUGGGAAGGAGGCAUUAGAGCAACGUCUGAAGGAAUUAGGAGAACGUGCAGAUGGAAUUCAAAGACAGUUAGAUUUAGGUCUUCAUACAUUAUCACAUACAAACAGUGUAUUGGCUCGUGUAGUGGACACCGUUAUGAUUGCAGAGGAACCACGUUCUGCUAUUCAACGAUUAUUACAUGAAGAAACAUCAGAUUUCAUGUCUAAAGUAUCGUUGGUAAAUGAAGUAGAAACCCGAAUACCAACGGUUAACACUUUUAAUACUCCAAUGGGUAUUAGAGAAGCAGAACCUUCAAAUGAGCGGGAAUGGCAAACAGUCAAAGAGCAACAACAGAAAGAAUAUUCUAACGCAGGGGAAAUGCUUCAGAAGCUACGUGCUCGUCUAGAUAAAACAUACAAAACAAGUACAAACAGUUCAAAUGGUAGUGUAUAA